ACUUGAUCCAGAUUUUCUCUUUGGAAAAGCGUUUCAGCUCAUUGCUCUACGCUGGAUUACAUUACACUUCAGAUCUGCAUAAGGAAGAAGGGAGGACGAGAACGAUAAAAAGAGGUGGUGGCUCAUCACCAGUUGCCUUUUCUCUGCCUGAAGGCAACUGGCUUUUUCCUUCUACAUAAAGGAAUACACCCUGGACCUGGGUUUGUCAGGGCUUGAUGGAAUAUGGAUACAUCUCACACACCUUGUCCAUUCACUUGUAAACCAUGACUGGGGUUCAAUGACAAUCUUGCUGUAAACAUCAUCAUUCAUUCUCACUCAGUGCAUCAUAUCAUGCUUUUCAUACGACUCUCUGUUGCACGAACUCUGUUACAUGAACUGUGUAUUUGAUGCUGUACACACCCAAGGAGUCAGUUCUAAAUCUGUAGAGCCAUAAAGAGACAGGGAGUGAAAGAGAUAGAGAGGAAGAGUGUGUAAGAGGGAGUCAGUGGGGGAAGCAGUGGGGGACUGCUUCAGACGUGCUCUGACAGGUGUAGUCACUCAUCCAGUCUCUGGGAUGCACACUCCGCAGUUAGUGAGAAGGGGACAAGAUGUAAUUGCUGAUUGACAGGGAUCCGUGUUUAAGAGAGUCAGAGUGUGGAACAGGAACGGCAUCCCAUAGUCUUAGUUGAGAAUGAGACAAUUUUAAAUCACUUGAUUGCCACAUUUAGAGAUGCUUCAUGAAAUAUGCUUCUGAAACAUUAAUACGUGUUCUUAUUUCAAGAGAAAUGUCAUUUUGAAAAUUUGGAAAAUUUGGAAAUUUGCAUGGGAUAAGUAAAGCAAAGGAGCUAAACUCAACAGGUCAAGUGCUAUUCCAGUGAAAGGUUGCAGGACGUCAGUAACACACAAUGGCACAAUGAAUCCAAGACUGCAGUUAUUUCAGCUGGGAAUUCUGACAUCUACUUGGUAAACACAGCAUAUAUUACAGACAGUAUUCAUAUCUUUAACUAAACAGAUUAUGAAGUGCGAGUAAAUGCAGAAGGGAUUUAAUAUGGAUGCGAAUAAAAUAUAUAACCAAGAUCAAAGUUUCUUGAAGCGUAUUGUUAAAUGAUAAGGGUUUGCCUCAAGGACUUCAUUUCAUUUCCCAGUAUUCAAUCAUUUACAUUGCUAUGUUGACAGAAAGAGACAAUAAAUCAUGAUAUAAUGGCAAAAGCACAAAUCUACUACGCAACCACAGUGUUUUGGAGUGCCUAGAUUUACCAAUACACCAAACCACAAACCAUCGCUUCCAUCCAUCCUUCCUGCCGAGUUCUUUUACAAGAGACUUGAGUUUCUCCCUCCUGGACUUUUCUGAAGGCAUUCUCUAAUCCUGCCUCGCAGUGGAAUUCUGACUGAAGCAGAGGAACAGGCUGAGAACAGAACUUCAAAGUCUUUUCAUGGAAAGCAGACUUUUAGCCUGUAGGGAGGGAUCUCCAGAACUCAACUAAAGCCCUUGGUCCUUUUCAUAGCAGAGAAUCAGAGGGAAAAAACAAAACUCGACUCAAACCAAGAUGGGUUGUAACAUGUGUGUAGUAAACCGGCCUGAGGAGCAGUACAGGAUUAUGUUCCAGAAGGGCAACAUGAUGCGUCCCAUUGAUGCUGAAAUAAAGCUUAAAGGUAGAAGAACAUCUCACCUAUCCCAAGAUAAGGAUGGCCAUUCCCAUGAUCCUCUGUUGCUUCAAGUGGUCCGGAAGGGACACAGGAGGAAAGCAGGAACUGCCACAGGAAGUGCCAGACUUAUGGCCAUCACAGACUGUGUGGACAACUCCACGCAAACAGACAUCAGCUUUCAGAACUUUCUGGGUGCUGGUCGAGGGAACUACACUGGUUGCAGCUCUCCGAAGCCUCCUCCAUCUCCUCCACUGCCCCCAAUGGUGGAGUCAUACCUGCUGAAUGACCUCACUCUGGAGCAUGACUCUGCUGAUCCCAAUGACUACCUUGAUGCUGCUAACCAUGAAGUAGAUCGACAAGAAGAGCUGGAAUAUGAGGAAGUGGAGCUUUAUAAGUCCAGUCAGCAGGACAAGCUUGGCUUGACCGUGUGCUACCGCACUGAUGAUGAGGAGGACCAGGGUAUCUACGUAGGGGAGGUCAAUCCCAACAGUAUAGCUGCUAAAGAUGGACGCAUUCGAAAGGGUGACAGAAUACUGCAGAUAAAUGGAGUUGACGUCCAGAAUAGAGAAGAAGCAGUGGCCAUCCUUACCCGAGAAGAUAGCACAAAUUUUUCACUUCUACUGGCCAGACCAGAGAUGGAGAUGGAGACUCAAAUGGACCCUGAGGACCUAGAUUUUGAGCUACCAGUAGGCAUGAGCGUGGACACUCUAAACAGCUCGCACUUAUCCAAUCUAUACCAUCAUCGGCAGCAAAGAGGCCAGAUGGGCAUUCAUGAGGUCCCACUAAACAGUGAAACACCCUUGCUAAGUCUGGCCACCCUCAACAACAGCCAGGAGCUGGACAGUGGUGUGGGCCGCACAGAUGAGAGCACCAAGAAUGAGGAAUCAUCCGAGCACGAUAUACUCCUUGGCGACGAGCAGACCAGUGCCUCCAAUACCAACACCACUAAUACACCACACAGCCUCCGGAAGUUCAGGCCUGGCAGGGGCAGUGGAGGUGGAGGGGAUACUCCAUCACCAUUACUCCAUAUCAGAGAACUCCACUUCAGCACAGACUCUCUGGAUUGUGGUGGUGCAGGGGGAGGAUACAUCCAUGACCCAGUGAGUGCGAUGAUGAUGCCCGGCUUGACUGAAGAAGAGUGCGAGAGGUACCGAGAGCUGCUAGAGAUCAAGUGUCGUUAUGAAAGAAAUAUGAAGGAUGGCAAUGCAGAGAAAAGUGCUGAGGAAGGAAGGACGAGGGAAGGAGAAGCGGAGGAUGAGGAGGAAGAAAAGAAAGAGGUGUCUUUGGAUGAAAACUCUAAUGAGAGCCUGACUCCACAUGAGAUGGCACUCUUGGAGGAGGAGCUACGGCACCUUGAAUUCAAGUGUCGGAACAUUCUUCGGGCACAGAAGAUGCAGCAGCUACGAGAGCGCUGCCUGAAGGCAUGGCUGCUGGAGGAGGAGGCGUCAGCGAGGGGGUCUACUGACCUACAAGGGUCCCCACACCACGAGCUGUCAGAUAUCAAAGAACUCCCUGAGAGAGAGCGAUCAGACAAGGACACCAGCAGUGCUUACAACACUGGAGGAGAAAGCUGCAGGAGCACACCUUUGGUGAGUGAUCACGUCUCUCCUGUCGCUCAGAUAGACGAGUCUGGUUCUCCUCUGCAGGUAAGGCACAGAGACCGACCCAGCUGGAGUGAGAGGGGUCGUGGCACUCUCAAUUAUUCACCUAGUAGCUACAAGAAGUUCCACAUGAACACCAAUAUCAACCAGAAGUUCCACUCUUUGUCUCGGGAAGGGACCACUCGUUCAUUAGCAGAUGGUGGUACACAAGGCAGGAGCUCGAGAGCCAACAGCAUUCAUGAAAGAACUGGAGGCCAUAGUGCUGAAUCUAGUCCUUACUUUACCAGACGACAUCACUCUAACCGCCCUAAACCUGAGCGCUACCAGAGCUGCAUGCAGCUAGGCUCCUCAUUCACAGAGACCCCUAUGGAGAGAACUGUGGAAGGGGAGAGUGAGGCUCCAGUUGGCAGUAGUGGCCGGGCAAGCCCUAUGAGUUUAGCAACCAGCACUUUUAGCCCCAUGCUUCACACCAGCCCAGCAAAACAUUCCUUGGAUUUGCCUCUGCCGCUUCCACCUGCCUCACCACGCAUGGAGUGGAAGGUGAAGAUCCGUAGUGACGGCACACGCUAUGUAGUAAAACGACCUGUCCGUGAUCGCCUGCUGAAGGCCCGCGCCAUGAAGAUCUGUGAGGAGCGUAGCGGCAUGACCACUGAUGAUGAUGCUGUAAGUGAAAUGAAAAUGGGACGGUACUGGAGCAAAGAGGAGCGCAAGCAACAGUUGCUGAGGGCCCGCGAGCAACGUCGACGACGUGAAUUUAUGAUGCAAUGUCGACUAGAUUAUCUCCAUAAUCGGGGCCAAGACCCAGGGAAGGAUGGACAACAGGAGUCAGGUCAGGCCCCUACCUCCAUUCUAGAGAUAAGCCAAAAGAAGAGUUCAAAGAAGCGCAACCGUCGCAUCUUGGACAAUUGGAUCACCAUCCAAGAGCUGCUGGCUCAUGGUUCUCGCUCUCCAGAUGGGACAAGAGUCUACAACCCUCUUCUGUCUGUCACUACUGUCUAAGAGAAAAGCACAGAAAAAGCUUGAACCCACUCACACAAUUCUCUGUAGCACAUCACCAUGACAUAAAAGCAGCAGCAUAGUAACAAGCACAAUUUUUUACUCUGGCAGUGUUGAUCUCAACCACGCUCAAAAACUUUGAUUUGGGGUCAAUAUUUUCCUAACAUGUAGCUGCUCUGGUUUUAACAUCUAGCAGGCUGGCUAAAUUAUACAUACUUAAUGACUUAAUCUCAAACAUAAAGGCUUAUGCUUUGCUUGCGUUAGUGAAUGGUAAAGUAAAUACAGACUAAGAGCACCAAUAGUUACAACCAUUACCUAUAAGCAAAUAAUAUAUGCUUAGCCAAUAGUCUGGAUCAUGUCUUAAGGAAAUGCUUUUAGGAAACUACCAAAACCCAGGAAAUAUUUGACCUCAGCAACAGUUAAAACAUUUAUGAAAAUAUGCUUUAUUUAAGCAUGUUAAAGAUGAUACAACGUGACUUAUUUGGAGCUGUCUUGGUGCUACUUGCUAAGCUAAUUUAAGUAAGUUUUAAGCAUCGACUUAAAACAUGUAGUAGUGUAUAUACCACACAUAUAUAGCAUUGGAUAUGCUGGAAAACAGCUUAGCUAAUUUUAUUACCCAUGAGAACUUCACUUAAAACGAGUGCUUGCAUCAACUAAAAAUCUGUUUGUUAGGUUCUUAUUUUAGUCUAGUUUAAAUUAAUUUAAAUCUAGUUUGAGAGAAUCUAGAUUCUAGGCACAUUAGUCAGCUCAAGAAAGUCUCAUCAGGUGCCCCUAAAAGCACUUUUUUCAAACGUUGCAAGCUUUUGGAUGGCUUCAUCCAAAAGUUAAUGAGUCUUUAUUGGUCACAUAUACAUUAGAGAACAGUGAAAUUCUUUUUUUCACAUACCCUAGCAUGUUA